CCAGCCCCUGCUAUGGCUCGGAGCAAUCUGAUCGCGCUGGCCUCUUUCAGGAGCCAGAGAGGACGCCGUCCUGUAGAGCUUCCAUCUUCGAACAACUCAUCGACGAUCUUGCUUACCGGAGGCACGAGGUCCGAGGGCGCAAAUGCUAAGCAGUCCACUCCAGUCGGCGUCAUAAAUUCGGAUUCAAACAAUGAGCCAAGCCAUGGGCGCCUGCUCCCGCUCGGACGCUUCCUCCUCGUCUAUGCAUGCCUCUCGCUCGCCGUGCUCCUCACUGCCCUGGACCAAACGGUGGUAGCUUGUAUCCUGCCCAACAUUUCUGCCGAGUUUGGCGCGCGCGAUGCGCCCUGGAUCGGCACGGCCUACCUGUUGACCCAAACGACCUUUUCGCCGCUGUACGGGCGUCUUAGCGAUGUCUUUGGCCGCAAGAUUCUUUUUCUCGCAGCACAAGCCAUCUUCCUCGUCGGAACCUUGCUCUGCGCGCUUGCUCCUACCUCGAUCGUGCUCAUUCUGGGACGUGCAAUUGCGGGCAUCGGUGGCGCAGGUCUCUUCAGCAUGGUCCACAUCUGCAUCUCAGACGUUGUCACACUUCGCAAGCGAGGCACCUAUCACGGCAUUCUCUCUGCCAUCAACGGCGCAGGCUCUGCCAUUGGGCCGCUUGUGGGCAGCACCUUUGCCUCGACAGGAAAGAGUGGAUGGCGACUGGCGUUUUACUUUCAGCUUCCCAUUGUCGGCAUUGCCGGCAUCUGUACGGCCAUCUUCUUGCCCCAGAUCGGCAACGCAGACAUCCGCAAACUUCCCAACAAGCUCAAGGCCCUAGACUACGGAGGCAUGUUCUUGUUUCUGGCUGGGUCCAUCUGCUUCUGUCUGUCCUUGAACUUCUUCGUGCCGCCCUCGGUACCAUUCACCUCGGCCAAGGUUCUCGCACCUUUUCUCCUCUCAAUUGCGCUGCUGACGGCCUUUGGCUUCUACGAGUCCAAGAUCGCAAAGGAGCCGAUUGUUCCAAUGAAGAUCUUCCGUAACAUGUCGGUCGAUCUCGUCUUUGUGCUCAACUUCUCCUUUGGCUAUGUGUUCUAUGGGUCGUUGUACUACGUGCCCCAGUUCUUCCAGGCGGUCGCAAACGAAAGCGCAUUCAAGUCGUCGCUAAGCUUGAUGCCAAUGGUCGUCAUGUCGAUUCUGUUCAGCUGGGCCUCGGGCCUGGCCACGAGCAUCCUUGGCGCCUACAAGUGGAGCUUGACAAUCGCCUUUACGCUGCAGCUCAUGGGCUCGGCCCUGCUGGUGGUCUUCUUCACCCCGACAGUUGCUCAGGCAACCUCGAUUGGCGUCUUAGUCGUGCUGGGCAUCGGUUUCGGCUGUCAGAUGCAGAAUACGCUCGUCGCGUGCCAGUCGGCGACGCGGCAGAAAGAGGUGGCCAUGGCUACAGGCGUGCGCAACUUCUUCCGCAACAUCGGUGGCGUCGUCAGCCUUUCCAUUUCGGGUGCCAUCCUCCACGGGUCGUUGCCCCGGCGUCUCGAUAAAGCCGUCGGCUCCAGCAUCAGCGACGACGUGCUGGACCACAUCCAAAACGACCCCCUUGCCAUCUAUACGCUGCCCGACGAGCUCACCAGGUUCGUCCCGGCCAUCGUCGACGUAUACGCCGACGUAUUCCGCAUCAUUUUUCUCGUCUUCGUCCCCCUCUCGGCGCUGGCAUUCGUUGUCGUCAUUGUUCUGCCCGAGUACAGCUUGGACCGAGCGCACGAUGGCGAGCCACAGAAGCGUCUGCAUUCGAGCACCAACCCCGUCUACUUGUGGCGUCUCUGCUGGUCCGGACAGGCUGGUCCUGCUAUAGAUUAUAGACUUGAAUAG